CGCAUUCUUCCCAUACAAACGCCAAUUAAUUCUAAAACAAGUUGCGUGUCACCCGCUUCGAUUAUUCUCUCAAAAACAUUAUAUGAUCCCAAGUAUCAUUUACCCGAAUCAACUGAUUGGCUUAAUGUUCUGCUGGCACAAGCUAUAUACCAAUAUAGAGAAGAGGCAAAGACAGACAAUCGUUUAGUACGUUUUGUUGAUGAAAUAUUGAAUGAUGGUGUCAAGCCUGAUUUUAUG